AUGCCUGAUCUGGAGGACGAUCCCCUGGGAGCAGCCGGUUGGAUGGUCACACAGAUACUCAAGGAUUUGCAAAAUGCAAAGGUUCUACCCAUCAAGAUUGUCAACAUGAAGCAUCAGGAAGGUCUUCGCAAUUCCCUGAUCCAGUGUGCCAUUGACCUGGAGAAGUGCUAUUUCCAGCUGAAAGGCAUUUGCGAUGUUUCAACCGAGGAGUCACGACCAGAACAUUUUCCGGGUUUGUCCCAAUGCUUGAAUGAUGCCAUGGGGGUGCGUCAGCACUAUGUUGAACUUGCAUCUAUGGCUGAAUCUCUUUGCAAACCGAAGGGUGGACGAAAGUCCCAGAAGGCAAGAUCUUGGUCCAAUUCAAGGGUUGCAACCAAUGUUGUUGUUACGGAUUCAAAAGUCUCAGCCCAAAUGUACAUGACCUAG